UGAAUGAAGCGCUACUAGUGAUGACGACUCCGUUUUUUCAAUCAUAACAGUUUUUUCGUUUUACAAGUGAAAAUUAUUACACUGGAUUGUAUUCUAAAGUUAUAGUUAGUAAUGAAUAAUAAUGUACGAUUUUAAGUGAAAAUAAGUACUACUUUAACCCCAAAAAGUUAAUAAAUGGAUUUCCCGAGGCCAAUCAAGAACUGGAAGAAAACACAAAUAUAAACAGCAAUGAGAGAGAAAUGAAUCUUGACUCGGCAAAGGGCAGAAGAUGCCGAUAAAGUCGCGACUUGCGCGCACGAGCCUCAGUUCUUUGUCCUAUAAAUCAAUGUCGAUUUCAUCCCCACGCGAGCAUCUAUUACUAUGGCAGAUGAGCUACUUUUUUCGGCACUCGGACUUGAAACUAGUCCGACAUUUUCAGAAACUCAUGACUUAUCAUCAAAUUCAACCAAUUUUUUUUCGGAUUAUGAGACACCCUGCACCACUCCAUCGAGCGAGAAUUCAGACUUUUUUGAAAAUAUAGAAAAUCCAACAAACGGUAUGCAAGAUUUUUACUUGGAUUCCAUAUACUCUCCAGAUCUUCCUUGGAAUGAUUGGACUGCAAAUAUUUCAACGCCGGCUGGAGAAUUAAGUGACUUAGUGUCGGAUUUGGAGUGGUGCUUAGAUAAAGAAUGGAAUGUAGGACUGCCACCAAUGAGAACACCACUUUGCACACCAGGGUGUGAAGAUUUUUUACACUUACCAUUACCAAAACCACAGUUCGAAGAGCCACUAUUAGUUUUAGAUAUCGAUCUCAGAUCGCUACAAAAUAACCUUGGUAUAAAUCUAGACUUUAAUAAUAAUCAAACUAACGAAGAUCUUACGGCAAAUGCAGCUGACGCAGCUUUGGCAACUCACGAUUACACAAAUCGCAACUUAAUUCAUACAACCGAAGAUCGCUGUUUUCCCUGUACAUAUGAAGGCUGUACAAAGGUAUACGCGAAAGCUUCGCACCUGAAAGCCCACCUGCGUAGACACACAGGUGAAAAGCCGUUCGCGUGCACGUGGUCUGGGUGCGGUUGGCGUUUUAGCCGUUCAGAUGAAUUGGCUCGGCACCGACGCUCUCACUCCGGAAUCAAACCCUACGCCUGUGAGCUCUGCACCAAACGCUUCGCAAGGAGCGACCACCUCGCCAAGCAUCGCAAGGUACACCGCAAGAACACCUACAACUCGUUGUUCUCAGCUGGCAGAGGGUUCCGGGCGGCUAAAGCCAAUGUCGCACUACCGGCCGAGGCCUGAUCAACACAAUCUCCAAGAACGUCUACUACUUUAGCCCCAGGAUUCUCGUAGCCGUACAAGACAACUCGAUUAUUAAGAAAUAGCCUUGCGACCGAGAAUUCGGCCGAAUUUGAUCCUAAUAAUCUGACGAGUGCCUCGAGUGCGCGGAUAGACGAGCUUGCGGAUCAUGAUAUAAAGAGUGUUACAGAAAUGAGAAGUGAAUCAAUAAGAUGGGCAAUUUUAAUGACAAAGAAGAGAAAUUAUAACGACAAAUAGAUUAUACGACCUAUUAUUAUAAACAGGAACGGCUAUAUAUGUCUGUAAAUUGUUGUGCGAUAAAUAUUUUAUUAAACGAAGAUCUAUUUGGCAAAGUAACGUUAUUUGUGUACUUCAAAGUCUGAUGCUAUAAAUAAGCAACGUAUCUUUAUUAUUACACUUAAACGGUAUGUCGAUAGCGUGUUGUAUUUGCUGUAAAUAAGGAUUAUUUUGUUUCAAAUUAGCAACAAUGCUCGAAAUAAAUAAAUAAAUAAAUAAGACUUAUC